CUUGGUGUAACGAUCUCCUAACUCUCUAUCUUCUCUCUCACUAACGAGAAUAAGCUCUUCAAACCUCAUCUACCACCCCACAAAUCUUUCCUUUAUCACUCACUCUUUGUCCACUUCUCAUUAUAUAUGGCUUAACAUAUAUAGCUUACCUUUUAUAUAUCUUUGUUCAUGUGUCCUUUCCACCUUUAAGGAAAAUCUCAAGAUAUAUACAAAGAGCUCCUUGCAAUAUAAACCAAAGAGAGAGGAUUUAUUGGGCCAUAUAUAUAUAUAUAGUUCUUGUUUUCAAAUUAACCCUAGCUGUAGCAAUAGUUUGUUGUUGAUCUUAGGAUUAUUAGAUGUGCACCAGAGGCCAUUGGAGGCCGUCCGAGGACGAGAAGCUCAAGGAAUUGGUCGCGUGCUAUGGCCCUCAUAAUUGGAACGCCAUAGCGGAGAAGCUUCAAGGCCGAUCAGGAAAGAGUUGUAGGCUGAGAUGGUUCAAUCAACUAGACCCGAGGAUCAACCGAAGUCCCUUCACGGAGGAAGAGGAAGAGCGGCUUCUCGCUUCGCACCGAAUCUAUGGAAAUCGGUGGGCCAUCAUUGCCAGGCACUUUCCAGGGCGGACAGACAACGCGGUGAAGAACCAUUGGCAUGUGAUCAUGGCACGGCGAUGUCGAGAGAGGUCGAGGCUAUCCUCAAAGAAAGCCUCAAGUGGCAUUAUUGAAGGUGAAAAACUAAAGCAAGGUUUCGAGGGGAGAUUCGAGUGGAAGGAUUGGGUUCCAUCAAUUGAGAAGUAUCGCGACUUUCAAAAUGGAAAGGAGCUCUAUUCGAAGAUCCACGACUUUUUCCCUAGCUCUAGUGAAGAUACGAAUAGCUCAGUUGAGUUUUACGAUUUUCUCCAAGUAAACAAUGACUCGAGUGAUACGAAGUACCAUUCGAGUGUCGAGGAACAAGAGGAGAACGAAGAUAACAGCGGAGGCAGUGUUGCUCCAUUCAUAGAUUUCCUAAAGACACUACACAAUUGGAUGACCACAACUACAAAAGGAAGAGUAAAUAUCCUCAGUUGCUGUCGAUUGGUCGUUUACACCUUUCCACUAAGCAACUCAAAAUGUUCUUCACGGUUCUAAAUGUCGGUGAUAAGCUUUAUGGUGGCAUGCAUAUCUCACAUCAGAUACUUUUACUCACAAAAAGUAAUAACGACGCAAUAACAUUCUGAAAAGACGGUUGACAACUACAGCGAUUUAUAUCUAUGGUAAUUUCUUUAAAGAUACCAUAGCUAGACAUGAAAACUUAUGUCGUAUUUCUCGUGUUUACAUCAUUUGGAAAAAACUUUUUUUAAGUACCUCAUGAUCCAUUCUAGUUGGCACAUACUUUUCACU